GGAGCAAUGAGCCUGAACGUCUUGACAGCCAGAGCUGAAGAGAGACAGCUGGGAACACAGCGCGUCUCCUGAUAAGCUGCAGAAGCACCGACUGAAACAAAGGUGCUGCUGGGAAAAGGAAGUGGGACUAGUGCAGACCCUGAGCCAGCUGAGGAGAUAAGACAUGGGAGUGUACAAUGAACAGGGAGCGGCCGUCGAGGAACCAAGACCCUGCCAGAUGCUGAUAAGAGAGAGCGGACGGGGGUCAACCCCGCCCUCCCCUCGCACGCGACUCGUUCACCACAACGACACGAUGUUCAUAGUUGGUGGAUGGACCCGCGAGGACCCUUCCUGUCUGGUGGAGCGGUUCUGCCCUGAGUACAACGAGUGGAGAGCAGCCGCCAGCAUGGUCAAGCAUCGAGGCAGCGUGGCUGCCGGCACGCUGGACGGCAGGAUCUACACUGUUGGUGGGGAAGAUCACGUCCGGCGUUACAGCAGCGUGGAGAGGUACAGCCCCGACUCAGACAGCUGGAGUGCAGAUGUAGCCCCCUUGAGCAGCCCCCGCAGCGGCAUGUGUCUUGCCACGAUGGAUGGAUACCUGUACGCUAUAGGAGGACAUGAUGGCAUCACGGCCUUGAGCACCGUGGAGAGGUAUGAUCCAAAAAUGAACACCUGGAGUAAACAGGUGCCCAUGCUGACCAGAAGAACCAGAGCGACGGCGGCUGUGCUGCAGGGUCACUUGUAUGUGAUCGGUGGGAAUGACGGGGAAAACACUCUGAGCUCAGUGGAGAGGUACAGCCCCGUGAAUGGUACCUGGUCGAUAUGCGCCCACAUGCUCAGUCCCAGGGAGCGUGGUGGCUGCACCGUGUACUUGGGGCAUAUUUAUGUAGCCGGGGGGAGAGACGAGCUCAACCUGGAGCUCUGCGCUGCUGAGAGGUUUGAUCCUGACACCAUGAAGUGGACGCCUGUGAAAUGCAUGAGGAACAAAAGAGACGAUAUGUCUCUUGUCGUCUUCAACGGUGUGCUGCUGGCUGUCGGGGGACAUGAUGGACUCACCAGUCUUAAAACAGUAGAAGUUUACAGCUCUGAAACAAACUCAUGGAGACACUAUGGGAGCAUGAAGAGCAAGCAUCCAGGCGGGAGAGUGGCUGUGCUGUGCUGAGACUCAACAACACUUGUAUGAAUAAGCACUGAUACAUGAACAGGAAACAAGUGUGAGGGUAAUAGCCCAAUGGACGCAGGGUUUAGGACACGUUGGGACAUAGAGGAUGGCCUUGUCACUGAAGAGUUCCCCACAAAAUGAGACACAGCAGCAUCCAAAGCUCACAAACGGUGCUGCAAAAUGACUGCGUGCACUAAAUGUACAUUAUGGGCUACUGGCUUUCCAUUAAAACGAUGUGUAUUUUUAUAUCUCUCUCUCUCUUUCACAAAAUAGACUUCAGUUAUUGAGAGGAAACAGUGAAAAAAUAUAUUUCAAGCUGCAUUUUAUUCAAAAGGAAAUUUGAUAUACUUGAUAGACUUACAAUAUUGAUUUAAUUUGGCUCUGAAGAAUGAAUGCAACAUAGAUUUCAAGCUGCAUUUGAUCUAUAAACAGAUUUAAUUUGGAACAGGCUAAGAUACAUGGUACAUUAGACCAGGAAAAUGUUGAAUAUGACGAGUUUAGAUGAAAGCAUUUCCAUUUUAAUGCUUAGUGACAACUAUACAGUAUGAGGGAAAGAGAUUAGAUGAAGAUGACCAUAACAAAUAAGUAGGUAUCUAGUAAAGGAAGUUUUCAGAAUGACAAGUGUUGAAUUUGAAAGUACAGGAGAGAAGUAUACUCAGUUUUUAAAGAGCUCAAAUAAGGCCCAUUUAUAUUGUCAUACUUUUAUUUUGAAGGCCCACUAGAAUAUCAUAAUGCUACUAACUAUUUUUAAAUGUUGAUGUCCACUUGUUUUUUGCAAUAAUGUAAGGCAUCUAUUCAUCGUUGGCCUAAGGUGUACCAUGUGAGCCCCACGAUCAGUAAAAUGAGCAACAAAUAAGCCUUAUAUCGAUUUCACGAAGAAGAAGAGGAAAAGUUGCAACUUCAAACAAGUUUCAGCCAGAUGAGCUUAAAAAUGUGUAACUCAAUGAAACCCAAAAUGAAUAAA